AUGUUUUAUCGUAAGUUAUCAGCUUCAUAUUUAUUUGCCAAACAACUGACGGCAUGUGUGAGUGCAAAAUAUUCCCCACUGCGAAAAAUUAACGUGUCUGUUAUUGGCGCUGCUAAUCAAGUAGGAUCAAAUUUGGCAUUUCUUCUUAAGCAAAACAGUCAAAUAACGAAACUAGAUUUACACGAUGAUGAUGCGAAAGUUUAUGGAAUUGGAUUAGAACUCAAUGACUUACCUGGGGGGCCGCAAAUAAAUGUAUGGAGUGGAGACAAUACAUUAGAUAACGCUGUUCGUGACUCGCACCUGGUUAUGAUGGUUUACAGGGUGCCUCGUAGACCAGGUAAUACUAGAGAGCAAAUGAUCGCUGCCAAUGCACCAGCUGUGAAGAAACUGUGCCGUUCUAUUGCAUUUCAAAACCCCGGAGCAUUCUUGGCCAUCGCUACUAAUCCACUAAAUGCUAUUGUGCCCUUUGCAAGCGCUCUUCUGUACAAAUAUAACGCUUAUAAUCCUUUUAAAAUAUUGGGCAUAACUCAUUUAGAUUCGGUUAGAGCACGAACAACUACUGCAAAGGCUCUUGGUAUCAAUCCGCUGGAUGUAUCUUUGCCUGUUAUAGGAGGGCACUCAGACCAGACAAUUAUACCCCUAUUUUCCAAUAUGGUGCCCAAUACAAAUGCUAUAGAUCCUUAUCAAGCAGAGACUUUGACACGUAUUAUAAGGAAAGCUGGGACAGAAAUCGUAUUCCAAAAAUAUGGCAAAGAAAGUGCCACUUUAAGCAUGGCGGCGGCACUUAACGAUUUUAUUAAUCAAAUGAAAAUCGCACUUUCAGGAGAUGAAGUCGUCGUUAAUGCUUAUACUGCAAAUCCAAACUUUGGAACAAGGUUUUUUUCAGGUCCCACCAAAGUUGGUCCCUGUGGAAUUGUACAAACGUGUCAUAGUUUUCAACUCAGUGAUUACGAAUCGUUCCUGCUUAAUUCAGCUAUACCACUGUUAAAUCGUGACGUGAGCAUGGGAGAGGAUUAUGUAAGAUAUAUAGAUUUUGCAAGAAAAAGCUGA